AUGGCCCAGACCGCGGACGCCGCUCGGGAGUCCGCCCUCAAGCGCUUCCUGCCGCCCGGUCCGCGGCCGCUGCCGUGCCGUCGCGACGUGCAGCGCGGCCGGCGGCUGCGUCUCUUCGUGUACGGCCUCCCAUGGGCUUACCACGGCCAGGUCGUCGAGUACGUCGAGCGUCGCGCCCGCGAGCUGCUGCACGUCAACUGCGCUUACCUCCGUGAGGACACGUGCCCAAACACGGGCUUCUCGCACCUGGAGAACCUGCGGUCGCACUGCACCGAUGUGCCCAUCUUCUCCAAGCUCCUGCAGGUGGCGACCCUCGUCGGCGAGCCCGAGCGCGCCGACGUCUUUCUGGUGCCCUUCCUGCUCGGCUGCAACGCGAUGCUCGGGUGGGGGCACGGCAUGUCGCGGGUCAACGGGCCGGCGCACCACGCCUUCUUUGGCAGCUUUGACAAGUUUGCACGCGACUCGCUGCCCCACUUUGCGCGCUGGCCCCACCGCCACCUCUUUCUCUUCCCGCUCGACUCGAUGUUCAUGCCAAAGUGGCUCGGCGGCUCGAUGCUCGCGCACACGGGCGCGGGCUACCGCAACAAGUCACGGCUCGACGUCACCAUCCCGUACCUCGCCUCGCUGCCGCGAGAGCUGGUCCGCGCGCAGCCGGACGCCGGCGCGCGCAGCACGCGAGUCUUUCUGAUGGCGUCGCCGAGCAGGAACAAGGAGAACGCGAUGCCCUUCUCGACGGUGGAGACCAUCCGCCGGAUGCAGCGCACCACCUUUUGCGUCGCCCCCCCCGGGGACUCUGACGGCUUCACCCAGCGCUUUUAUUACAUUGUCGCCGCCGGCUGCAUCCCCGUCCGGGUUGACCCCUACUACCCGUCGCUCAAGUUUGGAAAGGGGGGGUGGCCCUUCAAGCAGACGAUGGAGGGGCACCGGGCCGUCCUCCUCCUCCCGCCCGACCGGUUGGGGCGGGACGGCCUCAUGCCGACGCUCGCCAACGUGUCGCAGCCCCGCGUGCCCGAGAUGCACCAGUCCCUUCUGCGCGUGGUGCGGCCGAGCGUGCUUUUCGACUACCGGGGGGGGGCGCCGGACGCCUUCAGCCCCUUCCUCACCGAGUUGUUUUAUUUGGCCGCCCACCGCCUCCCCGGUUCCUUCUUCGGCAUCGAUUAUUUUCUUUCGCCCAAGAAUUACAAUUCAUUGGCUUGA